AUGCCCUCCGGAGUCUACCAACUUCCAGACAUGCUCUCUGUAUGUCCUAAGAGGACAGGACCUGCCAUCAGUCCUGGCUUCAAAAAAGCAAAGGACGGUUACGAACAAUGGGUCAGAGAUACUAUUGGCUAUUUUGUCUCAAAAGGAGUUGCCAAUGCAGAGAUGCCUCUACUUGCGGCACUUGCGUGGCCUGAGGCCAGCUCCAAAGAAUUAAGAGCAAUCCUCGAUUACAUGACAAUGUCGUUUAUGCUUGAAGAACUCACCGAUCGAUGUUCGAGCGAAGUGGCUCAGAAGAUUUCUGAACUGUGGGUGGAUGUCCUCAAAGACCCUCAAGCUGGCAAGGGACACCGACAAAUGGUAGCACGCUUGAAAGAUGCUGUAGAUCCAUACCACUGGCCCGAAUUCAUACAGUCUAAUGCUGAAUUCGCAAAGAAUACCAUACAAGAAGCGCUCGAUCGUGAAGCAUCAAAGGACAUCGCAGCGACCCGCUGCAUCGCUUCGUACAUGAUCAUGCGAAGAGAGACCGUCGGUACUCGGCCUUGCUUUGUUUUGAUACGGUCUACUCGUCGGCUAUAUUUGCCAGAGCAUGUCCUGCAACAUCCUGUUGUGGCAGACAUGGAGAAUAGUGCCCUCGAUAUGGUGUACCUCGCCAAUGACAUUUAUUCGUUUAAAAAGGAACGUGGCGAUAACGGAGCUCUGAAUAAUAUCAUUACCGUUAUUCAGAAGGACCCGACUACUCAGCAUCUCGAUCUUCAAGACAGAUUUGAUCACGCAGGCAAGCUAUUUCAGGUUGCCUUGGAUCGUUUCAACGCCUGCAGAGAUGCGCUCCCAAGCUUUGGUGACGAAGGAGGAGAUAAGCAAGUUGCAGCAUUCGCAGAUGGUCUGGUAGAUUGGAUUAGGGGCAGCAUUGAAUGGAGCAUGGUCAACCAUCGCUACAGGGUCUUUGUGAAUGAUGAUGACAGACGAGAAAACAUCCUCAGACUGGAUGACCGUUGGUCUAUGUCUGCGGUGUUUCAGCUUCUACUGCUCUUCACAAGCAUUGUGGUUGCUUGCAUUUCAUUGAAGUUCUUGAUCGUGUAG